CCUGCGCACGGGCGGCAUCGGGUCCUGGCUGCCCACUUGCACGCCGCCCAGCUGUGGACCAUCCCGCGGCCCCGGGACCUCUCGGAGCUCCUCCGGAUGAGGACGCGCGGUCUCCCCACGGGGACGCUGCGCGGGCGGCGGGCCACGCGGGGCCCCCGCUGCGCGGCGCUCUGGCUGUUGCUUCUGGCGCAGGCACCUGCGUGCGCCCUGGGACCAGCAGCGGCCUCGCCAGGGAGCUCCAGUGUCUGGCGUCCUCCGGGUCCCGCGGAGCAGCUUGGCGAAUAUGACCUCGUGUCUCCCUACGAGGUUGAUCGCAAUGGCAAUUACGUGUCCCAGGAGAUCACGCACCCUCAGAGGAGGAAACGAGCGCUGGCCCAGCCAGGAGUGGACUCUCUUCACCUUCGGCUAAAAGGCUUCAGGCACGACUUCCACAUGGAACUGAGAACUGCCAGCCACCUGGUGGCCCCAGGCUUUCUCAUUCAGACGCUGGGAAGGGCAGGCACUAAGUCAGUGCAGGCUUUUCCGCCCGAGGAGUUCUGCUUCUAUCAAGGCUCCUUACGGUCCCACAAAAAUUCUUCAGUGGCCCUUUCCACCUGCAAAGGUUUGUCAGGCAUGAUAAGAACACAAGAAGCAGAUUACUUCUUAAAGCCACUUCCUCCACACCUAGCAGGGACACUCAACGCCUCUGCUGGGGGUGGGCCUGCCUCCCACAUCCUGUACAAGCGGUCUGCAGAACCGCGGUCUCAGAGGGGGCUCCAGGGAACGAUGGUCCAGAGGCAUCGGGAGCUGGAAAAACGCCACCUCUUCUACCAUGAGAAUCAACCCCUACCCGGCGGCUCUCACCUCAGGCACCCACCAAAGCAGCAUUUCUGUGGAAGACGCAAGAAAUACAUGCCCAAGGUGCCCAAGGAAGACCUUUUCAUCCUACCUGACGAGUACAAGUCUUGCUCACGGCACAAGCGCUCUCUUCUGAAGUCUCAUAGGAAUGAAGAACUGAACGUGGAGACAUUGGUGGUGGUCGACAAAAAGAUGAUGCAAAACCACGGCCAUGAAAACAUCACCACCUACGUUCUGACAAUUCUCAACAUGGUGUCUGCUUUGUUCAAAGACGGGACCAUAGGAGGAAACAUCAACAUUGCAAUUGUAGGUCUGAUUCUUCUGGAAGAAGAACAGCCAGGACUUGUGAUCAGCCAUCACGCAGACCACACCUUAAGUAGCUUCUGUCAGUGGCAGUCUGGCCUGAUGGGGAAAGAUGGAACUCGUCAUGACCAUGCCAUCUUACUAACUGGUCUAGAUAUAUGUUCCUGGAAGAAUGAACCCUGUGAUACUUUGGGAUUUGCGCCCAUAAGUGGAAUGUGCAGUAAAUAUCGCAGCUGUACGAUCAAUGAAGACACAGGUCUUGGACUGGCUUUCACCAUCGCCCACGAGUCUGGACACAAUUUUGGCAUGGUCCAUGAUGGAGAAGGGAACAUGUGCAAAAAGUCUGAGGGCAACAUAAUGUCCCCUACAUUGGCAGGACGCAACGGGGUCUUCUCCUGGUCACCCUGCAGCCGCCAGUACCUACACAGAUUUUUAAGCACAGCCCAAGCGACAUGCCUUGCUGAUCAGCCAAAGCCUGUGCAGGAAUACAAGUACCCUGAGAAACUGCCGGGACAGUUAUACGAUGCGAACACACAGUGCAAGUGGCAAUUCGGAGAAAAAGCCAAGCUCUGCAUGCUGGAUUUUAAAAAGGAUAUCUGCAAAGCCCUGUGGUGCCACCGGAUUGGAAGGAAAUGUGAGACGAAAUUUAUGCCAGCCGCAGAAGGCACUGCUUGUGGGCAUGACAUGUGGUGCCGUGGAGGGCAGUGUGUGAAAUAUGGUGACCAAGGCCCCAAGCCCACCCAUGGCCAUUGGUCAGACUGGUCUCCCUGGUCACCAUGCUCCAGGACCUGUGGAGGAGGGGUGUCCCACAGAGAUCGCCUCUGCACUAAUCCCAGACCGUCGCAUGGAGGGAAAUUUUGUGAGGGCUCCAGUCGCACUCUGAAGCUUUGCAACAGGCAGAAAUGUGCCCACGAUAGUGUUGACUUCCGUGCCCUGCAGUGUGCAGAAUACAAUAGCAAGCGGUUCCGAGGGUGGCACUACAAGUGGAAACCUUACACUCAAGUGGAAGAUCAGGACUUAUGCAAACUCUACUGUAUCGCAGAAGGAUUUGAUUUCUUCUUUUCUUUGUCAAAUAAAGUCAAAGAUGGGACUCCAUGCUCGGAGGAUAGCCGUAAUGUUUGUAUAGAUGGGAUAUGUGAGAGAGUUGGGUGUGACAACAUCCUUGGGUCCAAUGCCCUUGAAGACUCUUGUGGUGUGUGCAAGGGGAAUAACUCAGACUGCACGACACACAAAGGCCUCUAUGCCAAGGACCACCACACCAACCAGUAUUAUCACAUGGUCACCAUCCCUUCCGGAGCCCGGAGUAUUCGCAUCUCUGAAUUGAACGUUUCUACCUCCUACAUCGCUGUACGCAAUGCCCUCAGAACGUACUAUCUAAAUGGACACUGGACCGUGGACUGGCCUGGACGCUACAAGUUCUCAGGCACUGCCUUCGAGUAUAGGCGGUCCUACAGGGAGCCGGAGAGCUUGACUUCUGCGGGGCCAACCAACGAAACACUGGUCGUGGAGCUUCUGUUUCAGGGAAGAAACCCAGGCGUUGCUUGGGAAUACUCAGUGUCUCGGCUGAGGGGUGAGAGGCAGCCUGGUGCCCAGCCCAGGUACACGUGGGCCAUCAUCCGCUCUGAGUGCUCCGUCUCCUGCGGAGGGGGGCAGAUGACCACGAGAGAGGCCUGCUACAGGGAGCUGAGGUUUCACGUCAACGAGUCCUACUGUGACCCCGACACCCGGCCCGUCACAGGGGUGGUGCCUUGCAGAGUAUCUGGCUGUCCCCCCAGCUGGUCCGUGGGGACCUGGAGCGCCUGCAGCCGGACGUGCGGUGGCGGCACACAGAGCCGAGUGGUCCAGUGCUCUCGGCGAGCUCACUACCGAUCCGAGCGGGUCUCCGCCAGCCUGUGCCCGCAGCCCGUCCCCGCGAGCCGCCAGGCCUGCCUCCCCCAGAGCUGCCCGCCCACUUGGAGCACUGGGCCCUGGUCAGAGUGCUCGCGAACCUGCGGGAAGGGGUGGAGGAAGAGGUCCGUGGCCUGCAAGAGCACCAGCCCCUCCGCCAGGGCCCAGCUCCUGCCCGACGUCCUCUGCAGCUCAGCGCCCAGGCCCAGGACUCACGAAGCCUGUCUGCCUAAGCGCUGCCACAAGCACAAGAAGCUGCAGUGGCUUGUGUCUGCCUGGUCUCAGUGCUCUGUUACAUGUGAACGGGGAACACAGACAAGGUUCUUAAAAUGUGCUGAAAAGUACAUUUCUGGGAAGUACCGGGAGCUGGCCUCCAAGAAGUGCUGGCACUUGCCACAGCCCGACCUGGAGCUGGAACGUACCUGUGCCCUGUUCCCGUGCCCCAAGCACCCCCUGUUUGCUGCUGCAGGGCCCCCGCGGGCCAGCUGGUUUGCCUCGCCCUGGUCUCAGUGCACAGCCAGCUGUGGAGGUGGCGUGCAGACCAGGUCUGUGCAGUGCCUGGCUGGGGGCCGGCCAGCCGUGGGCUGCUUCGUGCACCAGAAGCCUGCAGCCUCCCUGGCCUGCAACACUCACUUCUGCCCCAUCACAGGGAAGAAAGACGCCGUCUGCAAGGACCACCUGCACUGGUGCACCCUGGCGCCCCAGCACGGGAUGUGCAGCCACCAGUUCUAUGACCAGCAAUGUUGCGAGACUUGCUCCAAGUCCAACCUGUGAGUCAGUUGGGGCCGCCUCCCAGGGCCAAGAAAACCCCUGUUUUCAGCACCCGUGAGCUGUCCAGUCCACAUCAGAAUGCGUCCAAGGAAGAUGGAAGCCGGAAGAAAAACUGUUAGGCUCGUUGACGUGUGUGUGUGUGUGUGUGUGUGCACGUGCACACCUGUGUACACAGAAGCACACGCUCUCGUGCUGCGUUGGGACCUGGAGCGAGGCAGCCACCCACCCUGCAGGAUGGGAGCAGUGCUCACUGUCGUUUGUAUUUCAGCAAAAUCAAGUCAGAAAGAGAGGCAGGGCUGAACUUGCUAAACGUUAAAUGCCUGGUGCUUUGUAAAAAGAAGGAAAGGCCACGAAAUUAGAAAUAAAUACAAAAUACCUGCCGUGUAGUACGCUGGCCUCCCUCCCCACCGUAGAGGCCCCACCCACAUGAGGUCAGGACCAACUGGCCUCCUAGCAGAAGCAGCACGUGGCCAGGACAGCUCUUGGAUGUGUCCCCAGGGCCCCCUCUUCCUGGCCAGCAACCGAUCUGCUCUUCGAAGGGACUCAGUGCCAAGACAAGUGCUGGGUGUCCUCUGUCAGGGGCACCUGCCUACCCUAGAGAGGCUGGACUACGUCCUGGUGUGUUGGACUUUGCCGCUGGAAACAGGAAAACAAAAUCCUUACUGAGGUGCUUCUAUCCCUUUCAGACUUGUGUGCUGGAGGAGAGAAUUUUGUAUUUUAUCUUUCUGUUAUUUACAAGUGAGUGUACCUAUUCGAACCCAUGUCUUCAUGGUUUCCUUUUUUAAAGGACAGAAUUACAGGUUAUUCCAGAAUUGGAAAAUUUCCAGUUACACCAAAACCCUGCUGUCCUUGGGAGGGGUGUGGUGGUCCUUCUUGCACAGACGUAGAACCCAGUGUUUCAUUUUUGCGCAGUGUGGGGUUUUUGUUUUUUUUCUUAAAUGUUGGUUGUUUUUGUAAGCCCCAUUCAGAAAGAAGGCCCCAAUAUCCUCUAUCAACACUGGUGCUGCUUUAGUUCUC